AUGCCGCACGGAGGCCGCGAGCAGUCGCCGCGCUCCUCCAAGCUCGGCCCGGCGGGGCGGGGGAGGGUGUUCAAGAACUCCCGUCUGCGCCCCACCGAGUCACGAAACCUGCAGGUGGCGAUACAGCAGUUCGCCACCUUUGCUGCCACCACGCCGACCCCAUCGGCCUUCGGAGGUGCGGGAGAGGAAUUCUUCCCCCCCCGCCCCCCUCGAUCCCUGACACCCCGGCGUCGCCCUCGCCUCCACUGCGCACGCAGGUGGGGACCUGCGUGGCCGGCCGCGAUGCUGGAACCUAUAGACGUGGUGCCGACUACCGCCACUCCGGACACGGGUGCCUCACACCCGACCACCGUAGAACGUGACGCCGGUCCAGCACACCCGCCGUCUGCGAUACCGCGGCCGACCCCACGGCCGCAUGCUGAUGCGGCGCAACCUGCCGCCACCGCAGCCGCCGCUCCACGCGCCACCGCUCCUCGCGCCCCCGCCCCCGCACCAGCUGCGGGACAGAAGCCGAGGAAGCCGCAGCCCGCCGCGGCCCCGCCGCGUCCUCAACGGCCCCCCAAGAAGCCGACUGCGAUAGCGCCAGCUGCGCCCAUGCGCCCAGCGCCCCUUUGGGAAGGGGGUGCGCUUCACGCCCCGCUCCGACGUGGAGUACAGGGCGAUCCAGGCAUACCUAGCGGACUUGGAGAAGAACCAGGGAGUUGCCUGGUUCUCGUACUCCCUCCCCGCGGAGCGGAGUGUCAAGGUGGCCAUCCGAGGGCUACCGGUGGACACCCCGCCUGA